AUGGAUUUAGAUAGUGAUACAGAAACAUCAUUAACAAACCAACAUAUAUUUGAGUUAUAUGAGUUUGAUGAAGAUAACUUAGAAGAGGAGUUUGAAGCAACCAAUAAUAUUGAUGAGUCCUGUGAAGAUAACUUACAAGAGGAGGUUGAAACAAACAAUGACACAAUGUAUAUUGCAGAAAAUGUUGAAGCAGAACCUAGAGAAAAAAAGAGAUUAAGAAUCUUAAGCAAUGAAGAACGCAUGUAUAUUUAUCAUGAGCUACUACAAAAAAGCGUUGAUGGAAAAUUACGUAAAGGAGCUACAAAUGAGGUGGCUUCAUCAAAUUCGGUUCCUCUAAGAACUGUUCAACGUAUUUGGAAAAGAGCAAAAGAAAGUGAAACACGUGAUGUCUCUCAUAGGAAGACAAAAAAUUGUGGACGUAAGAGAAUUUCAAUUGAUGAGAAUCAAAUUCGUGAACUUCCUUUCAGUCAAAGAACAAACAUUCGAUCUUUAGCUUUUGCGUUGAAAACCAAUCCAACAUCGGUGUUCAGGCUUAUAAAAUCAGGGGCUAUACGGCGUAAUUCAAAUGCCAUAAAACCACUGUUGAAAGAAGAAAACAAAAUAUCUAGGCUGGAAUUUUGUUUAUCAAUGCUUGAAGGUACACCACAUGAUCCAAUGUUUAAGAGCAUGCACAAUAUUAUUCAUAUUGAUGAAAAAUGGUUUUAUAUGACUAAAAAAUCCGAGAAGUAUUAUUUGCUCCCAGAUGAAGAUGAGCCAUAUCGGACAUGUAAGAGCAAAAAUUUCAUUGCCAAAGUUAUGUUCUUAGUUGCUCAAACUCGACCACGAUUUGACUCAGAAGAAAAUGAAACUUUUUCGGGUAAAAUUGGUGUUUUUCCGUUUGUUACCCAUGAACCGGCUAUAAGGUCAAGUAUUAACAGAGUUGCGGGAACAAUGGUAACAAAAGCAAUAACUACGGUAAAUAGAGAUGUGGUAAGAUCAUUCCUUAUUGACAAAGUUCUACCCGCUAUAAGAGAAAAAUGGCCAAGAGAUGAAUUUGAGUCAACAAUAUUUAUCCAGCAGGAUAACGCAAGGACGCAUAUAAACCAUGAUGAUCCUUUAUUCCGUGAAGCUGCCACCAAGGAUGGGUUUGAUAUUCGUUUAAUGUGUCAGCCUGCAAACUCUCCAGAUUUGAAUAUCUUAGACCUUGGUUUUUUCUCGGCUAUACAAUCAUUGCAAUACAAGGAAGCACCGAAAACUAUUGAUGAACUUAUCAGUGCAGUGGUGAAGUCAUUUGAAAAUUUUCCUUCAAUUAAGUCCAAUCGUAUAUUUGUAUCAUUGCAACUAUGCAUGAUAGAGAUCAUGAAAGAGAAAGGUUCCAAUAAAUAUAAAAUUCCUCAUGUAAAUAAGGAAAGGCUUGAAAGAGUAGGACAACUACCAAUUCAAAUUAAGUGUGAUCCAAUAUUAGUACAAGAAGUCAAAAAUUACUUAAACAUGGAGUAA